AGAGUCGCUCGGGUCGUGUGUUGCGGGCUGCUGCGGCUCGGGCGCGACAGUUCUACCCCAACCAUUGCCGGUUGACUUUCGCGAGCAGCCCGUGCCCGCGCUGUUAACCCUUUCUCGACGGCUUCCCGAAGUCCAUUCGCGGAUUCGUGACCCCGAAUCCAUCGAGGAAAUCGGUCACGGUAGUAUCAGCCGCGUAGCGCGUGUCGGUCAAACGCAUGGUGCUCCGUGACGAACGCUCGGAGGGACACAGGGGCGGCAAACAGUGCAGAGAAGACGAGAAAAACAAGGAGGAAGGGAAAUUCGCACACGACCGAACGGGGGUAGUCUUGGCAAACGAUACAGAGCGUCGAGCUGCGGCAUGUGGAAACGCCUCGAACCGAAUCAGAUCGUCGCCUGCUGCUGCCCCGCGACCGCGAAACGACGUCUCACGCGUUUGAAUCCCAAACCACCCCGAGCCUUGGACGGGAGAUGGGCGCCUGACUCGAGAUCCAAGUCGUCCGCGAAACGGCAGAGUCGGAAAUCGUCGAUCCUCCCGCGUUAGACAUCCCACGAUCCUGGACUCGUCCCGCGUCGUGUCGCGCGUUUUAUCCAACAAAACGAGAUCGAACGAGCGCGAUCGACUCGGCGCGUUCGAUGCCUCCUACAGAGAUGGGCAACAUUCCUGAUCACGCUCGACUCUCGAUCAACGAAUAGAGGACUUUAUCGUUGAGUGAACAUUCCAAUCCGAAACGUAGAAUGCAGUAUUUGAAAAGGUGUUAAAAAUUUAAGAGGUAGAGGUAGAUUAUUCGAAGGAGGUAUUGCCCAUCUCUGGACUACGAACGUCGCUUUUCCGAGGCAACGAGCACGGUUCGCUGUUUUACGAAAUUUUUCGCGCGUCGUGUCGCCCCGCCACGAGAUGGGCAACAUCGUUAUCUAGUUGAACGUUUUGAAUAAAACGCGAAAGGCUACUUUUCGUUCGUCGCGCGUUGAAUGAAAAUUAGGAUUUCGUUCAUAGACAAGGAACGGAUAAAAAUUGCACGCUAUCCGAUAGACGUCGCGAAUAAUGCAUUACGCGUUUAUCGUAUUCAUUCGUCACUCGUUGAACGAAGAUUAGGAUUCGAAUCGUAGACAUUUACGAGAAACGAAUAAAAAUUGCGCUGUACAUGAUAAACAUCGCGAUCCAGACGCUACACGUUGAUCGUGUUCGUUCGUCAGUCGUUGGAAUUUGAAUGAUAAAAUACUACGCAAUGAACGAAUCGAACAAGUACGAGUAAAUACGUUGAUUUCGUUCGAAUCAAAUUUUGCCCAUCUCUGCUGGACGAUGUAACGACGCGAAUACCACCACCGAUAGCUGAGAUUGUCGCGUACAAUCGCGUAAUGGAGAACGAGUUUCCUCGGAAACAGGUGAUAUUUUUUUAAUUUGAAUUCGCUGUAGUUGGGAUUCUGUAAGAGAACGGAUGUUGGAAAGUAAACAGAUCCCUGGUGCGAAGCUAAGAGAAGGUUUAGCUGGAUAAACCUGCGAUAGGCGUAUAAUAGACGAGGUGGAUCCACCUCCGCCGUCAGGAACGUGUCGUUCGAUCGUGGACCCCUCGUCGAGACGCACACGCGUCGUCGAUCGUGAUCGAGGAAACGUUGCGUCCUCCUGCGAUGAGACGAGCGUGUUAACGGCGCGUCGCGUCGACCGUUUCUCGUUUUUACGAGCAGUUAACAUAGUUACCCGUUGUGUUCGACGUUGAACAGUCGUUGCCAUAGAUGUAACUGGAUAUUCUAUGCGACUCGUUGGAUAUUUAAUCACAGAUUAUACGAUGUUACGCGUUAAAAGAUAAUCAAAUUUAAAAAGGGGGAGGAAAGGCGCCGGCCGCUGAGGUUUACCGAUUAAGUGGAGUAUCGCCAAAGGUUCGAGAGGGCCCCGACUUUCCAGCGUUCGCGGUUAGGCGCGUACACUCGAACCCCGAAAAUAAACUGCCGCACCGUUAAUUAUUUAUCGAUCGAUAAUCGUCACCUUUUUCACAAACGCCCCCGCACACCGAGCACACCCCGAAGCGUUUCCUCUUUCCUCGACCAAAUCCUUUCUUCCUCGUCUCCUCGGUACCGCCUCGAUAACCGUCGGAAAGUACGUUAACGUGUUCUCUCGAUGCUCAAUUAGCCGCAAGUACAAAGGAUCCGCGAAAACUAUUUUUCUCCGUACCGCCUGAAUACAAUUAUAUACUCCGUCGACUCCAAAAAAAAACUCUGUCCAGACUCGAUUUUUAAGGGAGCUACCUCACAAGAUUACGCUUCGCCGCAACGUUCGAUUCGUCCCACGAUUUCGCGACGAGUCGAUACAACGACCCACUCGUUACUGUCCUCGUCGAUCCUUUGAAACGUCCUUGGGACGAGAUUCUCCCCGGUUCCACCGAGCCUCGAACGCGUUCCGAUCCUCGGAGUAGCCGCGUUCCUGUUCGAAUACGGAAUCCUGGCGAGCCCGAACGAGUCGACGCGAGGAUCCACGCUAAACCGAUACACCAGUCGGUGUUCGAGGGGAAACGAAAAGGAUUAUGCACCUCUCUCGAGCUGAAGAAGAUAAUGUCGCUGGCGACGAAGGAGAUCGAGACGAGAACCGAGGAUCGAUAUGCUCGCGGGAAUCUCGAAGAAAGCAUUCCGAGGAAUAAGUAACGAGGAAAGGCAGACGCAGCCAUGUCAUGGGAAUCUAUCUCUUCGAGAGACUACCUCGGCGGUCCAGCCAGCCAUCAGCUGUCGGCGACCGCUCUGCUGGGUAGUCCAGACGGAUCACGUCAUCCCCUCGACGUGUGCGAGUUCGCCGAAGAGGAGUAUCGGCACCAGGGUUCCAACGGGAACGGGCAUUACCAGAACGGUCGAUCGGGCGCUGGUUUAUGGGAAUGUCUGACAGGCUGCAGACGACGAUUCGACCAGCAUUUGGCCCGACGAAGGGUGGAACAGGGCCUGAAACUGUACCGCGCCCACAAACAACAGGCAGCUGUUCGCAAAUGGCGGGGCGCGUUGAAGAACAUCAGGCAACGAGAGGACAAGUUCGCUCUGCUCGGCUACCUGUACCAGGCUUAUAUGGAUUGGGGCAAAUACAGGGACAGCAUCGAUUUCGGGCACAAACAGUUGUGCAUCUCGGAAGAGCUGGAUUCGCCCAAUAUGCGAGCAGAAGCGUACUUGAACUUGGCCAGGGCUCACGAAAGACUGGGAGCGCUCGACAGGGCCUUGGACUAUGCGAGACACAGCUUGUACAACGAAUGCGACCAAUGCGCUACCGCCGGAUUGGUCCACCUAACCGUGGGCAGAGUACACUUGGAGCUGGCAGGCUUCUGCAAAGCUCUGGAAGCCUUUCAGAGAGCCCACAGGAUUGCUCAUUCCAUACAAGAUCCUUCGUUGGAAUUGCAGGUAUACGUGGGCCUCUCGGAACUUUUCUGCAGAUUACACGACGCCGAUAAGAGCGCGAGGUACGCCGCAAGGGCGUACGAUUUGUCGAGAAGUCUGCAACUAGGUGAUCUCAAUUCGCGCCAUCACAGGGCGGCCCUUCUACAAAUGGCCGCUGCCCUACGAAAGAAAGGAGAACUAGGGGACGCUCACGAUUAUUGCUCGGAAGCAACGCGAUUGUCGCUCGUUUCCGGCGACCAGGCCAGCUACGCCAGGAGUAUACGAAUAAUGGGGGAUAUUUAUAGGAAAAAGUCCGAUAUAAACAAAGCGUUUCGACAGUACGAGAGCGCGAUGGGAUCAGCAGCAGCAACCGGGGAUCGGCUGUGCCAAAUGGAGGCGAUGGACGGCGCCGCGAGGUGUCUCGAAGCCCUUCGACUGCAACACAAAAUCUGCAACUGUCGACCUCUCGAGUUCAACACGAGACUGCUGGAAGUCGCUGGAUCGGUCGGUGCUAAGUUCCUGGUACGAACCGUAAGGUCGAGGCUGUCGCGUAUCUACGGCUCCCUUGGGGACGAGGAACAAAAGGCUCAUCACGAGAGGCUAGCCGCUGCGAUGGAGGAGGAUUUGGAGUUGCGAUGCGGCGGUUGCAACGAGCCGUUCGGUCUCGAAGCGGACUCCCUGGAGGCCCUGCCCUGCUCUCACAUUCUACACGCCAGGUGCGCGUACGACAUCUUGAAAAGACGCGACAAGAAGAAGAAACGUCUGUGCCCCGACUGCCACAAGUCGGUUAGUUCACGAUUGUACCUGCAUUGCGAGGACCCUCACGGCAUGAAUACUUUGAAUCACAGUUCCUUGAGUCUGGCAUCGCUGAGAGCCAGCAGUCUAGCUACACUGGACGACUGUCACGCAACCAGCAGCGUCUAACUGUAUCACCUAAGCCACGAUAACCGCGUGCGAGACGUCCGAUUACGUUCGAUCGCGCGAUAACAAUCGAAUCCUCGCCGCACGAUCCGGAACAGGAUCGCGGGCAAUUCCCAACGUCAAGAUUACAUGGAGGAACGCGAUAAGUACGCCUAACUCGCGGGCUCUACGCGAUCAAACCACGCGCAAUUUUGCCAACUAAAAACCAUUAGAUAACAUUCUUAAACCUUAAACACGGUUUAUCGGUAAUCUUACGAAUGAAUUAGGGCAACAAAGUUUAAAGAAAACUAGCACGAUUCGAAAAGACUUAAUGGCAAUAAAAAUGCACAUCCACAGU